AGGCAACUGAUGCUAGCAAUCAAGCGACACGUGGUAGUGCUUCAGUCGAAACUGGCACGGGAGAUUAUGCUGACCGAACACGAAGAAGUAUGAGACCGAGACAGAAACCUACAUGGCAUCAAGAUUAUGAAGUACAGAUUAAUACAUGAAAAUAGACACUCCGCCCGAUUCUCGAUCCACUUCACCGGUUGACUCAGCAAUUUCAGAGCACAAAGAACCUAGUACGUAUAACGAGGCGGUGCGUGACCCCCCUUUGGAGAGCUGCCAUGCAGCGUGAAUUGGAUGCAUUGGAAAGAACUGGUACGUGGACUGUACAAGACCUUCCUCCCGGUAAGAAACCUAUUUUUUGUAAAUGGGUUUAUAAAAUCAAAUAUAACAGUGAUGGCAGCAUUGACCGGUACAAAGCUCGUUUGGUCGUGUGUGGUAAUCGUCAAGUGCAAGGAAUAGACUAUGAUGAGACUUUUGCACCAGUGGCUAAGAUGGUUACUGUUCGUGUUAUGUUGGCUUUUGCGGCUUCCUGGGAUUGGGAGAUUCAUCAAAUGGAUGUAGACAAUGCCUUUCUCCACGGGGAUUUGCAUGAAGAGGUGUAUAUGCAUUUACCACCCGGUUACUCUUCUCCCAAACCCGGACAGGUGUGUAAAUUACUUCACUCACUUUAUGGGUUACGCCAGGCACCACGUUGUUGGUUCUUCAAAUUAACUAACACCCUUGUCUCGUACGGCUUUAGUCAGUCACAUGCUGACUAUUCUUUAUUCACUCUUCAUCGUGGAGGACAUAUUUUAUGUAUACUAGUUUAUGUUGAUGAUUUACUUAUUACUGGCUCUAACCCCACGAUGAUUUCCUCUCUCAAAAAACAUUUGGCUCAAACGUUUCCUAUUAAGGACCUGGGACACAUGAAAUAUUUUCUUGGGCUAGAAAUUGCACGGGGACAAAAGGGAAUUUUACUUUGUCAACGUAAAUAUAUUCUGGAUAUUCUUGACGAGACAGGGUUGACUGGGGCUAAGCCAGUUUCGUUCCCUAUGCCACAACAUCAUGGAUUACAAUUUGCCGAGGGCCCUUUGUUUUCCGAACCGGAUCGCUAUCGCCGGUUGGUUGGCAAACUUAUCUAUCUCACUCUUACACGGCCCGAUAUAAGUUACUCUGUCCACAUUCUUUCCCAAUUUAUGCACGCACCUCGACGUGUUCAUUGGGAUGCUGUUAUCCGGGUUCUUCACUAUCUCAAAGGUCACCCCGGACAGGGAAUUCUUUUCAGACGCCACUCACCGCUCACACUUUUGGGUUAUUGUGAUUCUGAUUGGGCCAGUUGCCCCAAUACACGACGUUCUGUUACAGGUUACUUUGUUACACUUGGGGGCUCGCUCAUCUCCUGGAGAACUAAGAAGCAGGUGACGGUAUCUCGGUCCUCCGCGGAAGCCGAGUAUAGAUCCAUGGCCACUAUUACAUGUGAACUUCUUUGGCUCAAGAGUCUCUUUCACUCUUUACGCAUCAAGUUGAGCCCAAUACAGGUUUUAUGCGACAACAAAGCCGCCAUUUAUAUCGCCUCUAAUCCCGUAUUUCAUGAACGUACUAAGCACAUUGAACUGGAUUGUCACUUUAUUCGCGAUCAUGUACGUUCCGGUGCUAUCAUACCCUCUUACACUCCCACCAAAGAACAACUUGCAGAUAUAUUCACUAAGGCCCUUGGUGAUUCUCAGUUUCAUUAUCUUCUCGGCAAGAUGGGCAUUCUUGACCCCCAUGCUCCAUCUUGAGGGGGGGGUGUUGGAGGGACAUUCGCAUAUUACGCACGCAUGGAUGGGAACUUACGCAUGUUACGCACACAUGCAUGUAACUAUUUUUUAUUAUUUUCCAUGUACAUUAUUUCUUGUAACCGUUGCACAUAUUACGUAGAAGGAUAGCAAUAUUAUAGGAGUAGGAUUCUUAUCUCUUAUGGUAGGUGUUUCCUUACUGGAGCAGAUUGUACAUGUAUAUAUUUGAUACGUGCAUAUCCGA